UUCCUAUGGGUCUCAAAGCAGAAUCUGGAGCCACCCUGUAUCAAGAUGCCCCUAGAGCAACUCAACCUGGCUGGCGGUAUCGUUAUAGAAGGCUACCAGGGGCCAACUCCUCAGCGACAGCAUAAGAACACGGAUGAACAAGCCUGGAAGGAGCUCGAUCAGAGUAUUCCAGAUUCUGAGGAAAAGUGGAAAGACAGCAGGAAGUAUACGUUCAAUGAUACUCCAAGAAUGAUCGCUUUAGUUCGCGAAGCGAUUGAUCCACUGCUUAAACAUAAUCCUGAUUUUAUAGUUGAUGCUAAUCGGAGAAUUGGCAUGAUACAAAGAAUCAUUUUAUUGGCGGCACACGAAGUGAUUCGGACAAAGGCGCAAGAUGCAGAUAGUUUUUACUAUUAUGUCAGGCAACUUCUCAGUCGGCGAUCGAAACCCUUGAAAAAAGACACCCUUAACAAGAAAGCCAGAGAAGUAAGGAAGCUAAUCGAGGAGAUGGAUAAACUAUAUAAAGAUAAACUUCGAAGUCGCUCAUUUGAAGCCAUUCUGCUUUAUGCACCAUUGAUACCAAGGUAUCUUGAAAAAUAUAUGAAUGAUACCGAGAGAUUUACGAAGUGCUUUCGUAAAUGCAAGCCUCUAGGAGAAAACCUCACGGAAAUCCAAGUCUCAUUACCAUUAUAUAUACCUUUCUUUGUCUGCUAUCUCCUAACGCAUCGUAAAGAACCAUUCUCCUUAAGGUAUCACAUUAGCGCCCUAUUGAUUUACAUUUUCUAAUACAAGGAGCAGCUACGAAAACGUUUGCGAAGUCCUGAAAACUUCCACUUAUGGUACUGAUGAGUACAGAGAAUUUGUCAAGGCCGUGGAAAACGAGUCCAUCGAGUUCUACAAUAGCACAAUAAAGUCUUCUCAUAGGGCAGCAAUAUCAAAUCAAGCUGUACCCAGUUCGAAUACCGCUCAUACAGAACAGCACACUCUCUCACUUCCUUCUAAGCCGCCUAGCACUUUAGAACGGCGUAAAAUAGGC